UACAAUUUUGGUGCGCACUGUACUGAUCAGGCUGUGGUGGUCGUGGUGGUGUUUUGAUAGUUUUGGAAUUACGUCUUUUGCUGGAAACUCCCUAAUGAAUUGUAAUUUUAUCGUGAAUCGUACAUGCUGAUAAGUUGUUGUCAAGUCAUUGUUGAACAUUUGCAUGAUCAUGACGCGUUUUCCGUAAUAUAAUAUGUGAGACUCGAGUGAAAUAUAUUAGUGCAUAGUAUUUCUAAAGAUUUUUCAUUUGAGUGAACAAGUUUUCGUAUCUCUAUCUGCAUGGGAACUUCUACAUCUAGAAGAAUGGACGAUAGUGAUUCGCGAUCACGAUCAGAUGAUAGUUCUGACCAAGAUGCAGAUUUAGCAACCAUUUUGCAGUACUUAAUAAGGAGUGGACAAAUACAUAUCAUCUCUUCAGAUCGAGAUGACAGUGAUGAUGAAUUUGUUGCGGCCGUGAGUCCCCCUAAAAUAGAAACUCAACCAAACACACGAAAGUUGGAUAAAAGUGAAAUCAGCUUUUCAACUAAACAAACAUGUGGCUUAAUACACAAAAAAGGAGAGGAGCGGCCAAAUUCUGUUGCAGCAAUGAUCUCAGAACGCGAGCGUGGAAUGUUUGGGAGGCCAGGUUUUUCCUUUGGGGAUCGUUGCCGUAUAACAGGAAGCUACCUCCCUAAUUCAAUGAAAGUAGCUGCCACUUACCAGAGCAAAGCUUUCUGUGGCACUUACUCAAGGGAUGGAAAUCAUUUCCUGAGUGCUUGUCAAGAUCGAAAUCUGCGACUCUAUCACACUAAUGAUGGAAAGUUUAGACUUGGCAAAACUAUACGUGCUCGUGAUGUCGGAUGGAGCAUUUUGGAUACAGCGUUCAGUCCUGAUGGAACCCAUCUCGUGUAUUCAAGUUGGUCAGAAUGUUUACAUCUCUGUCGACUAUAUGGUGACAGUGAUAACCAAGACGCACUGCCCCUGUGCCCACGUGAGCGGCGUUUUUGUGUCUUCUCACUAGUAUUUUCUUCCGAUGGAAGGGAAAUUCUGGGAGGAGCCAAUGAUGGGUUCCUGUACGUGUAUGAUCGAGAAUGCAAUCAACGUGCUUUGAGGAUUGAUGGACAUGAUGAUGAUGUAAAUACUGUAGCAUUUGCAGACAACACCUCACAAAUUUUGUACAGUGGUGGUGAUGAUGGCCUCUGUAAGGUAUGGGAUCGACGAACUCUUUCAGAAUCUCACCCCAAACCUGUUGGAAUUCUAGCUGGCCACAUGGACGGAAUUACCUUCAUUGAUCCUCGUGGAGAUGGUCGUCACCUUAUCUCAAAUUGCAAGGAUCAGAGUAUUAAACUCUGGGAUGAUCAUGGAGCAGCAAAAAUUGGCUUUGCAAAUCCAAAGAAACCUUUGGAUGGAGAUACCUCUGUGAUGACAUACCGAGGGCAUUCAGUUCUUCAAACUCUUGUUCGUUGUCAUUUUUCUCCUGCCUUUACUACUGGUCAGAGGUAUAUCUAUACUGGAUGUGCUGCAGGGCGUAUUGUCAUUUAUGAUGCUUUAACUGGAAAAAUUGCAGCAGAUUUGAAGGGCCACAAAGCUUGUGUGCGAGAUGUGUCAUGGCAUCCAUAUAAGCAAGAACUUGUUAGCACAUCAUGGGAUGGCACUGUUGGCCUCUGGACUUACUCAGGUUUAUAUAAAAUGGAAUUGGAAGAAGAAGCAGAAGUACUCAACACUGACGAUGCUGGUUCCAAGGUGCUGAGGCGAAGUCAGCGAAUAGCUCAAUUGAAAGAAAGAAUGAGGCAACAAAUGAAGCAGAAUAGUGGGAACAGCAACUGCUGACCCACAUUGCAAUCACACUAACAAUGAAACGGGAUCUUUUAAAGACCUCCCAACCUUUACUCACUGUGCAAGUCUAUGUAUUAGGCUGGACCUGCAAAGGACUUUAAAAUGACUCAGCUAGAACACAUAUACACUUAAUUGUUCAUGUUGUGAGUCAUAAUUGGAGUAUAUGAAUGUUGGAAACUAUUUUUAAUAUACCUACUGUUGUGUGUGAGUCCAGAAAGUAUUUUUCAUAUUCUCAUGAGAAGUACUUGUGAAUGUUAUCUUAUUCAGAUAAAAUUCAUUGCAACUGGAGUUGUACAAACAAAAAUAUUGUGAAAAUUAAAGACAUUUUUGCAGUAUCAGCAAGUUCAUGUGCUGAAAAAUUGCAGUCCUAACAGUCUUGGGUGUUUCUAAUAUAACUAAUUUGUUGGAUGUGUCAUUGUAUGUACACUAUAUACAGUAUUUUGUAUUAAAAAUGAUAUUGUGAAGGCAUAGAUCUUUAAUUUGCAAUAUUGAAUGUAAAGGAUAUGGGAUUGGGUGCAUGGAAAUAUUUUUUGUGCUUUUGUUUGUAUGAUUUCUGUGCUUUUUGGAAUAUGUUUCCUACGCAUCUUGUUAUAUGGCAAUUUCUCAGAUCAUCAUAGAGAAUUCUAAUGAGAUAAUUUUGUGAAGCAAAUGUCUUGAAUUUUGUGUGUUGCUGCCUGAUUUGGUGAUAUUUGUCUCUAUGGUGUUCCUGUUUAUAAUUACAAGUAUAUUGCCAACCCAAGAAUUGAUAAGGGUGAUCUCAUAAAUGUAAUGAUUUUUGAAGCUGGAAGAGCAAAAUGUAUUAAAAAUCUAAUGUUACUAAAGACAAAUUCUUACUUGCAUAUAGAAUAUGUCUUAAAAUUAUCUUAUGAGCAUAAGGUGAAAGAUUGUUGAAUACAAACAUGCUGUACAAAAUUUUAGAAAGUGGCAGCUUGAUUCUCUUCCUUGUACUAUGAACCUAAAAUGAAAAGCACACUACCGAAGUUAGUGUCCAUGCCAAUCACAGUAUUAAACUACAUUAAUAAUAUAUAUCUGCUCUAUCCUAGAGAUGUAUAUCCUGUUUAUUCUUGGGUUUAAGUGACAAUUACUAGACUGACAUGUUUCCAGUGCUUUAAAACAUUAGAUUUGCUAUUAAUUGCAAAGUUAACUUGGUGACGUCAUUUUACUUGGUGUAAUCAAUAUUUGGGAAAAUUAACUUGGAAUUUGGAUUUUUAAAUUCUUGCAGAGCCUUAUACUUAAAUCCUUGCUUAAUUAACAUCUUGAUAAACUUUUAUAUAACUAAGAUAACAGGUACAAUUUUUUUUAUCCUGUGUAUGGUAAUUGCCAAAUUUCUCGAUCUUCCCUCAUUUAAAAUACAAAUGAAACUCCUAGAUGCUGACAGUGCCAGGAAUGACUUGUUAAAAAAUUUUUAUGCUGUCUGAAUUCUGCAUUAAUAUGUUGAAUGUUUUUCUGGAAUUUCAUUUAAAUUGUUCAUCUUUGUUUAACAAAAAUUGUACCUGGUAUUUUUGUUGGAUACAGCUAAGAUUGUAUGAUGAAACUGUAAUGUGUGGCUGUAAUGGGUAUCUAUAAUGUAAGUUCCAUUGCAUUUUAUUUUCUUCAUUAUUACUUAAGAUCAUUCUAUCUAUUCACUUGUUAAAUGAUACUUACAAACAACCACACAUGCACACUAGCACUACUAUUUAGCUAAGAAAUUUGCUUGUCACAUGAUACCUUCAUUUACUUCAUAAGGCUGAAAGAAAACCAAAUUGGAAAUCUACACUUCCUUCAACCUCUUUAGAUUAAUUUUAAAAAAUUAGAAAAUUGCUUUUGUGUACAUGUUGCAUCAAGUUCUUGUGGUGUGAAUGAGGAACUUUCUUGUAAUAUUUUAUCAUUGGAAGGUUAAGUCAUUGAAGAAAAAAUAAACUUGUUUAUCUAACAUUCUGGCUAUGAAUAUCUUAUCUGCUUUCAUGACAGCCAAAGUUCAAGCAUUCCAUUAAUUUGUAAUCUUUGAAAAUAUUUUGGAAUUAAUUAGAUUUUACAGAUAAUAUUUUUUGUUCAUAGAUGACUACAACCAAUGAAUGAUUAGCUGGAGAGUUGCAUAUAUUUAUGGAUGCAGCCUGAGUCUCAAAAGCAUUUUUCCAAGAGGAAUGGAAGACAUCCUUUGCUUUGUUUUAUUCCAGUCUGUCAUAAAAAAUUGCACUCACAUUUUGUAGGAGGAGAAUUUGUGAUAACUUUCCGACUUGUAAUAUUACUCCCUUUUCAUGUUUUGUGGUCUGUGAUAGAAAAUGUGUAACAAACCAUCUUAGAGAAAUGAGAUAUGUAUAUUAAAUGUUUUCACUUUUAGCAUUGCACAGUUGUGCAUGUACAGUUCUUUCUUUAUUGUUUAUAAUACUUAUUUGUAAAGUAUAAUAAUGUUGAGUUACCUUAAAUGUGCUUAGUUGGAAUGUUGAAUAUUCAAAAAUUAUUCUGUAAGACUCAUGAUACAAAUAAUGGAGUUCCUUUAAAUCUUAAUUGACAGAUUAUGUAACUUAUUUAUUUCCAUUUCUGAAUAACAGUUCAAAUAUAUAGUUAGAGUGUUUUGUUAGUUUUUUCCCCUAAAAUUUCUUGCGAUAAAGGAAUUUAAUUUGUCCUCUUGCUGUUUACAUUUUAUAAUGCAUUCACUAUAUUGGAUUCAGGUUAUGUUUCUAUUUAUAAAAUUGCAACCAAAUCAUCUGGUCUCACAGGAAAUAAUUCUUAUCAAGCCUGUAAUGGAAUUAAGUGGACUGAUUGGGAGUUUCAGAACAAGUUAAUUGUUUUUAAACUAUUUACAUUACAAAACUCUUCUUUCGUCUCUUUGAAGGUAACACAGUCAAUAUGCUCAGAAAAGAUUUGUUCUUAGAUUUAUUUAUAUAUAUCACUUGCUCAUUGUGUUAAACUAAAGAGAUAAAAUGAGAAGUGUUUUAUGAUUCAGGGUUGAAGUAAAGAAUUAAUUUUGUUCUUUAAAAUGUGUGCAGUUUUGAUUAAAAUUGUUAAGUAAUAAGAUUCAUACUCUUCUCAUUACUUACCUAACUGGUUAUGGAGGAUUUAAAAACAUUGUGUUAUAAAGAAUUGCAUAUUUUUUCCUACAAAAGAUUUUCAUAUAUUUUAUUGAUAUAUUAUAUAAUAAAGAAGACUAACAAAAAGGCGUGCAUUUUAGGUUGAUAUUUGUUAUAUUCAUUUCAAUGACUUAGUCUUCAACAUGGCAUAAGGUGAAAGUGUCUUUGGGUCAUCUUCACAAUUUACAUAUUAAGUACAUUGCAUAUUUUGACAUCUUAAAUUUUAUUUGUAAUAUUUUUGCCUGUAUUGUUUUUGUCCUUCGUUUAGAGCUGAGAGGACUAAAAAGACUGUAAGAUUGAAAAAAUUGAGAAAAUUAAGGAAUAAAUAAUUCAAUAGUAUUGGACUUCAUACAAGUCGCACAAGGUUUUUUCUUAGACUGUAAAUUGAUUGUGCUGUUAGUUGUUAUACAAUUUUUUUGUUUUAAAAUUUCUUUGUAUCUAUUAUAUUUAGAGUAUGUUUUAUGAUUUUUUAAACUUCUGUUUGCCUGCAAUGGGAAACCUUGAAGUCAACAUGAGAUAUUUAAAUAAUGUGUGACAUUUAAACAAGUGCUUGAAUGAUGUGUUUGAAUUUUUAUUUUGGAAUGCUUUGUGAACUUGGGAACUCUCAAUUCUGAGUGAAAGAAACACUGAAUGUUGUUUGUUUCUGAAUGAAAGUACAAUUAUUUUUUUGUGCAUUACAAACCGUGUCAAUUUUUGUUCAUAUUGAUGUAGUGUUUGAAUAGUAAGUAUUAAGCAAACAUUUUUGAUAGCCAUUAUUCAUUGUACAUGUUGAACUCAAUAAAAUUACUUGUAUUGUACAGAAUCUAUGUUGUAGUUUGUGAUUGAUGAAAUUCCUUAAGUAGUACUUGAUGUAUCCCUCAAUUGCCAAUAUUAUUAUUGCUGCAUUUUUCGUUUUCUAUCUUGACUUGGUGAAAUCGGGAAUAAAAAAUUAAAUGUAUGCACUGGGUCUUCAAUAUCUUGGUACACACUUUUCCCUCUCCUCAAAUUCAGACGCUUCUGCCUUCUGUGUAUGUUUUCACUCACAUUUAUAAUAUACAUGUAAUACAGCAAAUAUCAGAACUCGAUAGACAUUUAUCAUGACAUUAUCGAAGACAUUUAUAUGAGCCGUGCAGGCUUCGUUUCGUGAACAAAUCUUAGUAGUCCCUCGCGUUCAUUCAAACAGGUCUUCCGAACGUUUAC